AUGAAUUCUCUUGCACGAGAACGUUUGAAUCAACACUAUUGCUUGGACAAACGUGAUUGCUUAGAACUUGGUUCCAAUGCGGGCAUUCCAUUGAUGAUUGGUGUGGUUAGUCUUUGGAUUGCUAUUAAUCAACAAAAACUUGAUACAUCUAACCAUGCACAAGAUAUUCGAUUAUCCAAUGCUGAGCGCACACAGGAUAGAGUCAUUGCACGAUUACAGUGUGACGAAGAUCGUGAAACGGUUCGGUUACAACGUGAGGAAGAUCGCGAAGCGGCUCGACUGCAGCGUCUCGAAGACAAGGAAACAGUUCGAUUACAACGUGAACUUGAUUUGAAAAUCACCAAUGACAAACGAAUACAAGAUUAUGAACUUGCAGAAUUGGGAAGAGACAUGUCUGAACAACAACGGGCACAAGAAUUAGAAAUUUCACAUCAAAAUCGAAUUACUGAUCUCCUGUUAGAAGACGGUCGUCAAAAGGAAAAUGUACUUCUAGAAUAUCAAGAUGAUCUGGCGACAUUGCUAUUAGAAUAUGGAUCGUUAUUCAAAGAUCCGAAUACACUACGACAACUUGAUCCUCAACGCCGAACUGUUCUUGUGAAUACACUUUUCGAUGCAGGAAUUCUUGAUUUAGAACGAGAUCGUAGUCAAUCAUUACUUUAUAGGACAAACUUGAGCGGAGUGGAAUUCGGCUAUUUAGUCGGUAAAAUCGACCUUGAUCUCUGUACUAAAUAUGAUUAUCUGAAUGCUGCAGGGGCCGAUCUUCGAUAUGCUUCGUUUCAAUGA